GACAUUCCCCGCAUGCCUUCUUCCCCCGUGUUUGUGCCGCUGGGUAGGUCAAGUAUUCGCUGGAAAAACCCAAAUUAAUCCCAAACGAGUGUGACGCUCGGAGAUGUUGCCUUGUGGAGGCUCCGCCCCUCGCCUCGGAGCGUGUGGUUCCCAUCGCUCCUGUUGCUGUGUUCCUGAGACUCAGAGUGAUAGUAGAAAACAACAGCUGGGCCGAUGGAUCAGACGGCUUUGGGGGAUUUUUUAAUUUUCAGACCAUUACAGAAGCCUCUUUUAAACGUGUGAGACUCUAUAUGGACAACCCGAUCAUUAAAAAGAGCUCCAGCUGCUUUUUAUCAAAACUCAAAGUGAUUUGGGGAUCCGGUCCCGAGGAAAGCUGCUCCUGACAGGUGCGCACAGUGCGCAGAGAGGAUGGGCAGACGUGAGGCGGACAGCAGAGGCGCAAUGAACACCAGCGGACGCUCCGAGCUGGGCUGCCUGCAGGACGCGGCGUUCAGCAGCCAGCAUGGCGGCGAGCAGUCACCGAGAAUGGACAGCCGCCGUGCCUGCAACGCGGAGAAGCGACAGAGAAACAUGAAAGCAGGCGUGGAGGCGCCGGGCCAGGCAUCCACAGCCGCAGCGUCCAUGGAAGUAAAAAAGCAUCAGCACAAGCACAACUUAAAGCACCGUUAUGAGGUGAUGGAGACGCUGGGGAAAGGCACCUACGGCAAAGUGAAGAAAGCGGUGGAGAGAGCGAGCCUGAAGACGGUGGCGAUCAAGUCAAUCCGCAAGGAGCGCAUCACGGACGACCUGGACAGAAUUCACAUCCAGAGAGAGAUCGAGAUCACAUCUUCCCUCAGGCACCCCAACAUCAUACGCUUCCAUGAGGUGUUUGAGAGCCGAGAUAAGAUUGUGAUUGUGAUGGAGUACGCCAGCAGAGGAGAGCUGUAUGAUUACAUACAGGAGAGGAGGCGACUGCCAGAAACAGAAGCCCGCAGCAUCUUCAGACAGAUUACAUCUGCUGUCCACUACUGCCAUAAGAACGGGGUUGUGCAUCGAGACCUCAAGCUGGAGAACAUCCUUUUGGACCAAGAUUUGAAUGUAAAGCUGGCUGAUUUUGGCCUCUCAAAUAAUUUCCACAAGGGCACGCUGCUGCAAACCUACUGUGGAAGUCCGCUCUAUGCUGCCCCAGAGAUCGUGAAAGGGCUGCCAUACCAGGGGCCAGAGGUGGACUGCUGGGCACUGGGGGUGUUGCUGUAUGCCCUCGUUUACAGCAGCAUGCCAUUCGAUGGGGCCAGCCACACAAAACUCACAGAGCAGAUCAGCCAAGGUCGCUAUCGCAGACCCAACUCCCCCUCUGACGCCUGCGCUCUCGUCGACUGGUUGCUGACGGUGCGUGUGGAUGAGAGGGCCACGAUAGAGGACGUGGCUAACCACUGGUGGGUGAACUGGGGCUAUGAAGAGAGUGUUUGUGACUGCCCUUCAUUUCCACACCAAGAGUGCCCCUCUCCACUUCUGGCUCGCUACAUCGACUGGCAGAAUCAGGUUGCUGCUGCUAGCAGUUUGACGGUGGAUGCAGACUGCCUGUCCUCAGACUCUUCUGGUCCUCCUCAACACGCUUCCAACCCCUUUUACUUCAGCUUACCUCUGAAGCACGAAUGCGGGGGAGGUUCAAGGGUGCGCGGUGGAAUAUCGAGUCUUAGGAAGUCUCGCAAGGAGAAUGCGAUUCCCCAGACUGCACAGGGAGCUUGUGGUGACGUUUGUUUAGCAGCUGCUUCUUCCACUGUGAUUUCCUCCACUUCCACUUUUGAAAGAAAAAAGCCCAAAGGUAUUCUGAAACAUCAGAGGAGUUUAGAUUCAGUCUUUCACACCCCUCCCAGGGAUAACUCCCCCUCUCAGCUCUGUAACACUGCUCCCCAGCCCUGUCGAACACACAGUCUUACUCAUGCGUAUGUUGACGUCCUAUCAACCAGCCUUCCGUCUCCAACUACAUUCAGUCAGCCAUCGUCCAAAAUGCCCAAGAAAGGGAUACUAAAGAACUUGUAUGGUGGGGAGUCAGGUUAUGGUUCCUCAUCAGACAGAAGGGGCUCAGGUGUAGGAAGUACAGACAGUAAUGCAGGUGAGUCCUGUUCCCACAAACAACAAACAUGUCUCCCAGGAGUUGAAGACAGUCCCACAAUGCGCACAGAAGCAGUAAGAAGACGUAAGGGUAUUUUGAAACGUAAUGGAAAGUUUUCUCGCAGCCUGGAUCUUCCUGACAACCACCAGUCGUCUCCCUCUCCAACUCCUGCGAUAUUCCCAGAGGCUCUGCAGCAUCUCCUCCAGACUGCAGGGGAUGCCGAGGGCCGUCAUAGCCGCCCCUCCAGCGUGGUGAGCGAGGAUAGCCUCUUCUCCUCCGAUUCCUUUGAUCUGCUGGACCUUAGCUCCCAGUCACGUCGCAAGAUUUUCUCAAGAGGGGUGCGGCACAGCUCAGAGGACGAUUUGGAGCAGCUGAGAGGCGAGGCGGACAGUGUUGUUGGAGAACGACAAACAAAAAAGGAAACGCUGUAAUACGAAGCGUAAUAGAAACUUUAGUGUGCUGAAAAACUGGGUUUAAUUCCAGCUCUUCAGUUCAGUUUUAUGUGAUAAUCAGUGCCUGCCAUCUUGAAAAGACUUCAUGAACUCUAGAAAGGUUGCAUCUCAAGUACACAGACUCUCAUGACCAUUGCACUGCCGACGUAAAGCACCAUGUCUCGGCAUAUUUGAAGCGAUAAAUUAAAGUUUAGCCUCUGAUUGUUUAACUGUGUUCCUCCAAAUGGGACCUGAUUUCCAGCAGUUUGCAGAGAUAGGACAGAAUAGUCUGUUUAAUGGACUCGGUCUGACCUCACCUGCACAACAGACUCUCCUUGUAGAUUUUGCAGAUUGAUGUUGACAACUCUCAAAAUCUUUGUCUGAAUGCGGUCAUCUGCUAACGUGGCAAUCCAUGCAUCUUAGAUUUAUCGAACAAUCAUUGUAUGAGUAAGUCAAAAGACUUAAGGAUGUUUCCAUCCACCUGCAUUUUUUUUGACCAUUUUGGAUAUAAAAUCUGAGGUGUAAGUUCAGAAAAAAAGAAGAAAAAAUACUUUUAAAGUUAAAAAAAAUAUGUGUGUAUUGAUAACAGUGAAAUGUGGCAAAGUGCAAUUGAAACUAGCUUUUUAUACACUAAUCGUGCAUGAAGCAUGUCAGAUAGAAGCAUACAGUACGUAUGCGAGAACUAAUGGCGGGGGGGGGGGGCAUUAGUUAAAUUAAUAUAU